AUGAGAUCUUUCUUUCAAGACUUUGUUAAAGACUACGAGGGAAACGUUAUAAGAUGCAAAAUGCACGACUUUGUUCUGUUUCUCAUGCAGAAUGAAUAUUGUACUUUGGAUGUAAAUGAUGCUGAUCACAAGGAGAGAAUGGGGCACGAAAAGAAAAAAUUUCGCCACGCUGCACUACUGCUAGAGAGAGGGGCCAACAUUCCUAGUUCCUUAUACAAGAGUAAGAACAAGAGUUUGCGUACACUAGUGGCUACUUCAUCAUAUUCAACAACUAGCUCGUGUCCGAUCCUUGAAGAGUUGCCAGAAGGAAUACAAAGACUUGUUAACUUACGACACCUUUACUGUAAUCGGUGUGUGAAGCUGCUGUAUUUGCCAAAGGGGGUCAGUGAGCUAACUUGUCUUAGGACAUUAGACAUGUUUGUUGUACUCGAAAAUGACAGUAUAAGGAACAAGGAGGCGAUGAAGCUCGAAGAUUUAGACUUGUUGAAACAUCUUCAAUGCCAAUAUCUUCAUAUUGCAGGGUGUGGAAACCUACUAAAUGGAGGACAAGCUAAGAGAUCAGCAGCACAACUACUUGGGGAGGAAGAGUACAACCUUGUUCACUUGAAGCUAACUUUCAACUCGGCGAAUGACAAAGCUCAUGGUGAAAUACUUGAAGCGUUGCAGCCACAUCCAUACUUGAAAGCUUUGAAGAUAAUCAGUUACCAAGGCAGCACCAUCAAUCCCAAGUGGAUGUUGACAUUAGUUAAUCUCAAAAGGCUUAAACUAGACUGUUGCUACAAUUGCAAAACUCUACCACCUUUGGGAAAACUACCUUCCCUUGAAUCACUCUAUGUAGGUGACUUGCAAAAAGUAGAGACUGUGGGACUUGAGUUUUUGGGAGUAGAAGAAGAUGGGGCAAUGAAGUGUGAAUCAUCAUUCCCCAAAUUGAAACUACUUCAAUUUGCUAGACUCCAUGAAUGGACUGAAUGGAAAGGAGGAGUUUGUGUGAUGCCAAGCCUUCAUUCGUUAGAGAUUUCGUGGUGCGAAAGCCUAAAACUGCUACCGAACUUCCUGUGGAGGACACCACUGCAGAAUUUGACCAUCAGCUACUGCAAAAAUAUUAAUGAAGAACAUUGUAGGAGAAAGCUAAACUUGUUUAAUCACAAUAUCCCAAAUAUCAAAUUUAUGCAGUAG